GCCCUUCACGUCAUCACAAUUGACCAUCUUGUUCUGCGGAUCUUCCGAAUUCCCACUGGUGCAUAUACGCAGAAUGUCGUCGGCUAAUGGUCCCUUUUCCUCCAUCCCCGUUGAUGAGCGAACAAUGAAUCACCCAUUGGGUCGCGCCUUGAUAAGGCUCAAGACAUACCAACCAACAUUGGAAGAGCAAGAGGCCCUAAAGACAGCAAGUAGACGGGUGACUGUAUAUAGCCUGGUAGGAGCUGGUGCAGGUGGCUUCCUCGGAAAUUAUCUUGGACGUAGAAGGAAUUGGAACUUUCGACCUCGUAUUGCUUGCGCAGCAGCUGUGGCGAUCGUUGGGUUUUAUACCGGCGGCUUUCUCGGGCUACGUUCGGCAGCAAAGUAUCUUUACACCCUACCAAACUCACCAAUGAUGGAUAUAGUACGCCAUGAAAUCAAAAAGGAAGAAUUCCGCCGAAUGGGGGCGACCCUACCUGAAGAGAUACCCGAUUCCGCGCAGGAACGAUCAACGUACAGCGUCAACGUCUCCGGGGACUCUUCAUGGGGACAAGAAGCACCGUCGUCGCCAUUUUCUGCACAACCGCAACCGGACUUUCAAACUUCAAAUCCCGUUGAUGCGUCGUUUCCGCGAUCAAGGGAGGAUUGGGAAGACGUGGGGAAGCGGCGGACCAACCAAUAUGGCGAUGUCAUUGAAUAAUGUCUUGAGUAUACAUGUCGACGGCGGAGUGUCGUCGAUUUUAUUGAAUGUAGACGUUUGUGCUUGUAGCGGGACUUAUCUUCCGCUUAAAAACAUCUGCUGAGGUUGGGAUGCUUGUGCUGGUGGCGUAAAACUUGCAAGUGCAUAGUCUUAUGUGUUGGCAUGGCAGAGUCAGUUCAUUUGCAGAUACCAUUCAAGUGAGAGAAAUAAAAUAAAUGUACAGGUAUUGAUGUCUACAGCUCUACAGGAUCAUGAGGUUUCUUCUUUCAGUACAGUGCCACCUCCCAGCCCCCAUUCCUCCACAACCUCCUCAAUCUCUU